GAAGACGUCACCGUCGGUGCUGAAUUGUUUGUUAACAUUCUGUUGGUGUAAAAUAUUGUGUGAUUUUCCCAAAAAAAUUUGUGUUUUCUGAAGUACUUUUAGUGUGGUUUGAUUUAGACAAAAGACAAAUAAACAUUUUGAUUGUUUUAGACUGUUAAUUGCGUCUAAUAAUUUGAUUUAUUUCGACAACAAUUUAUUUUGGAAACAUGUCAGUUUCAAUUAGUUUAGAUAAUCCCGGCACUAUAACUAAAGGAACGACCUUGACAGGAACUGUCACAUGUCGGUUUCCAUCAGAAGAAACCAUUAGAGGAAUAGAAUGCUCAUUAAGAGGCAAAGAGUGUACAAGAUGGACUCAAGGAUCUGGUAAAAAUUCAACUACUUACACAGGGAAACAUAAGUUCAUCAUACAAGAUAUAAAUUUUGUCGGAGCAGGUACAAUAGAUUCUGGAGUAUACGAAUACUCCUUUUUAUUCACAAUACCAGAUAUUCCUCUUCCUUCAUCAUAUAUUCACACCUUGGGCUCCGUACAAUAUUUUAUAAGAGCCAAAGUCGAUAGACCCUUUGCAAUUGAUUACGAAGAUAGUAUAACAUUACAUGUCGCUCCAGUGGUUGACUUAAAUGACGAGCCUGAUCAACAACAAUUGACUAAAAGUACGUACCAGUUCGAGAAGUUUCCAACAAUAUGCUGCUGUACGUCGGAGCCAUUGAAUGUUGAUUUAGUCUUGAAUAAACGAGCUUUUGUUCUAGAAGACGUAAUAGAAGGAAAAUUAAAUAUAGAAAACAUGUCUGACUUACAAGUUUCGCAAAUUGAAAUCUCCCUGGUUUGGCAUUUAAAAUUCACGGCAGAACGUCCAAGAAAAAGAGAACGAGAAGAAGAAAAAGUAUAUGCUAAGCAAAUUGAAACUGGACUUGAAGGAUACAGCGAAAAAUCAUACAACUUUAUGUUACAUAUCCCACAAAUGGCUAUUCUUAAUUUCACUGGUUGUUAUUUAAUACAACAAAGGUGGAUUGUUAGAAUUCAUAUUAUUUUCCCAAGUUGUCAUAGAAAUAUUAAAUGUGACGCUGACAUAAAAAUAGGACAUAUUCCUCUCGGUGCUAUUGAUUCAAGGGAUAUAUCUGCUCCCCAAUCAACUGCUGCUGGAGGACAUCCUGAAAUAACGCCUUCGGCUCCUGAAUUGGAAGAGGAUAGGAUACCUCUGAUUGAUGAAGAUUCUCCAUCAGCACCACCUCCUACAUAUGCUGAUGCUACUAAAUGAUUUAUAUAGAAUCAAAAAUAUUUCGUUGAAAGGAUAAUCUAUAAAACAGUCUAUAUUACGUCUAUUAUAAAGCUGGUUACAAUUACACAGACUGUAAUUGUUUUAGAAAAGCUGCAAUUCUUUUUCCAAGUAAUUUCUACAGUUAAUUCCAAUCCGGCGUCAGAAUUGUGCUAUCAUAUAAACGUUUUGAGCUAUUCCGAUGAAAAUUUGCAAAACAAUAUGAAAUUUCCCAAUGUCAAGUAGCACUGAUAGAAAACUUUUGAGUGAUUCAUUUUGUUGAUGGAUAUUUGUGAAUAUGAAUUUGAAUCUGCAAUGUUGUCAUUUCCAAUUUCAUAUUUAUAAUUAACGAACCUCCGAGUGCAUUGUUUCAAAAAGAAAAUCUAAAUACAAAAAUAACUGUACAAAGAUUUUGUAAAGAUGGUCAUUCUUAAACGUACCUCCAAAUUAACAUAGCUUGGAGAAGAAAAAUAUUAAAACUCUCAAAUACAAUAAAAGUUACACAAAAUGAACUUAAGAGCGAAUCUCAACUUUUUGUGUUGUAAUUCAUCUUAAAAAGAGCUAGAAACGCUGUUUGGGUGCUUAACUUUACUAUCUUAACAAUGUAUUAUUGAAAUUAUAACCUCAGAGUUGGAUACUUUGCAAUAAGCAUUUUGAACAAGAUAUUUUAAUUUUCAAGAACAAUACAGAUGGAUGUCAAAUAUGUUUGAAAAAAAUUUAAUCAAAAAAUAUUUUUACAAACUAUUAAUUAUACACUGUCGAGAAGAAUCAUCUCACAAGUGGGAAAAAUUGAGAUAAAUAUCCAGUUGUAAAUUACAUUUCAAAAAUCCAACAAAAUGAAGCUUGUGCAGAGGGUGUAGCCUCAGAUUAAAUACCACAGAUAUUUCACUGUUUUACUUUCUCUCGAAACGCCGCCAUGACUUCGAACAUAUUAAUCGGUUCAACGUUGUCUCACUAACCCGCCGUGGAAUUAAAUUCCAUAGCUAUUUCCAAUCGAUUAUCGUGUACGUCCGUUUUUCUAUGCCGUCUCUUUAAUUCGGUUACCUUUUACAUAUGUCUCAUAAUUUCUUUUCUCCUCACUGAGUAUUUAAUCUGUUAUAAACCAUUGCUGCUGUCCUUUAACAAUGAAUUUUUUUUCAGCUUCAACAUUGUUUGUAAUAGAUUCGUAUUGUGUCUCCAAAUCCUCGAGUCUUUAGAUCUUUAUAUGUUAAUGUACACCUAUUGAUUAGGCAACAUAGUUUACUUCGUUAUAGAAUUGUUAAGACUCUAAGGAAGCUUCUCAAAUAUUUUAUGAAAAAUAUAUAAAUAUAUUUUUAAUAAACUUUAUUUAUAAAAGGUCCAUUAACUGCCUUAUUACCUUUAUAUAUGUAAUUGUUUAAUCAAUUAAAAAUGUAAAAAUUUUAUUAUUA